GAAUUUUGCAGACACACAAAAAGGGGUGGAUUAGAGCAAGGAGAUUCUCUAUUUUCAGCAAAGCUGGGAAAGAGAAAUGGCUGGAAGACAAAGAAGUCAUGUGCUUAAUUUAAAAACAAAAGAUCGUUGCAAAAAAGAACGAGGUUAGUAAGAAAAUCAGAUUAGGAGCCAAUUAAAAGUCAGUUAAAGAGUUAACUCAGACAAGAAUGAAUAGAAAGCAGCUGUUCUGCUAAUAUGAAAUAAUGUUGCUAGCCGUGUUGCUAAUACACAGUAACUGCAAUGAGAAACGAGAAAGCAGGGAAUUCAAAUCCACAGAGAGCAAGGACCCUGAUGACCCUUAAGUAUGAUCCAAAAUCCUAUAAACUUAAAGCAUUUGGGAGAGAGAACUCAGCAUUGUUACCUUUCCUGCACUUACAGCAAGGUAUUAUCAUGAAUCUCUUGAACAAAACAGAAAGAUGAAAAGCAACAAAGAAUUUCCUGGGAUGGAACUUCUGAAGUAACCUGUUAACCAUGUAUAUAUCUGGGUUGGCCAAAAGCAGUGACAAAUAAAGGUUGGUUCUGGGUUCUGGGAAAGUGAAGGCGAGACAGAGAAAAAAAAAACGGGGGGGAGGUGGGAGUGAGAAGAACAGGCUGACAGUCAGAAUCCAGCUCAGAGUUGGAAAGUCAGUCCUUAAUGUACAGAGACCACUGCCCUUUCCAUGAUACUUGGAAGGUUUACUAAUCAAAAUCAUUGUUUUUCUCCUGCCUUAUAACCCUCGCCACUGGAGUCAGUCCUGUAGUCAUGGGUGGACUCCAGCCGAAGACUCAAAAAGAAAGAGCAAGACACUGUGAAUGAGUCGAUUAAUGCCUGACCUGCAGACAGUGGAAACCUGCCAAGGAGUCGAUAUGGCUUUUUAAUUCAACAAUAAAGAGAUCAAAGGCAAAGGGAAAGAAUAGCUGUCCUUCACAGAAGGUUUCUGCCACAGACCACCUGCAGCUACUGGGAAUUUCAGCUUCAUGGACACAUGGAAUUGUGGAGCACAUAACAUAUAAUGUUUUCUGCCUGUUCUCAGUUAAAGAUUCGCUGCAAUUAACCAUAAGGUCACUGCUGGAUAUUUUGGUGCUCAGAUCAAUUCCCUGGGAGUACAGUUUGCCUGCAGCAAAUAUUCUUCUUGACCAGAGAUGCUUGGAGGUUAAGGAUGUUAACAGCUUGUCCAUCUAGAAGAGAACAUCGAUUUUCUGGCUUCAGACAUAACUUGUUCAAAUGUUUAAAACAAAACUAGUGGUAGUUUUCUCAUGGCAUCUUUGACAGACUUAGAGAAAAUAAGAGGCUGCCUAGCACUUUGACACAGCAGAGGCCUCCUGACUGCAUUAGUUUGUGCUGGCACAACUGCUUGGCUUACUUCCUGUUUGUCAGUCUCAUUUUAAUGCGUGCCCACCAUGGUGAUGUCCCAGGGUACUUACACCUUCCUGACAUGUUUUGCUGGAUUCUGGUUGAUAUGGGCUCUCAUUGUGAUGCUCUGCUGCUUUUGCAGCUUCCUUCGACGAAGAAUCAAGCAACGCCGAGAAGAGCGGCUACGGGAACAGAGCUUGCGGACUUUAGAAAUGGACCCUGUACAGUACGAUGGAUACACAGGUGGACUGGCUGGGAUCACUGUUUCACAGAGUCCCCGAUAUGAGCCACAUCAUCCUCAGGCUGCAGCCCAAAGACCUUGGACAACAACAAAUGAUUCAGACCUCUCCAAGCCACCAUGUUAUGAAGAAGCUGUUCUUAUGGCAGAACCACCACCACCCUACAGUGAGGUCCUCUCAGAUACCCGUGGAAUCUACCGAAGUAUGAUGCCACCAGUCCAAAAAUUUGAGAAGACUGAAAAACAUGAUCCUGUUCAGAGCCACAAGCCUGCAUAUCCUAGUUUUAUACAAAAUGCUACUGCAGACUGUACACAUCAAGACAGCAGUCUACGUUCUAGCAUUGAUUUCAAUAGGAAUCAUAUGGUGUAUGAGGUUGAGCCUUAUCGAAGAGGUCUUCACCACUGGACAGACUCUGGGUUUUAUAGGGGUUUCCCAGACCAACCAUGUAGGAUACAAAUACCACUUCCAAUGUUUGGCAGGACUACAGCAGUUUAAUCAUUUGCUGUUCCCCUGUUGCAUUCUUACCUCUGGAAGGAGAUAUUUUUAAGGGUAACUGUGCGAUAGAGUGCAAGAACGCAUUCCUGGACCGGACGGACCUCAACUCUACUCUGAUAUGAGCAAGAUGAAAAGGGUAUUUAGAAGGCAGACCACACUUUUGUUUGUGUUUUGAAUCAGGAAGGGCUGAUGUAAAACAAAAGUCUUUUUUUUUUUUUAAAUUGUUGUUAUUUUUAGACAGAAAAUGAGCUAUGAAGCUAUUUCAUGACGUGGAAAAAGAUGUGUGGGCCUGGAGUUACCACAAUAAUCUCUUGUAGAAUUGCAGCAGGUACUGCUUUACAACAAAACUGUAAACACAGCCGUUAAAAAGCUGCCAUACCCUUGUCUUUACUGACUUUCAUUUUACUACUGUUCUGAAGUGUCCUCCGGAAAUGGAGUCAAAGAGACUUUUUACUGGCAGUGUUGUGACAUUUGUAAAUAUCUCAGGUGUGUAUGUGUGUUUGCUUUUGUACCUAAAGUUUAUAAAUUUUCUACUUUAGAAUUCAAGUUGUAAAGAAAUCGAAGACAUUUGAAAUGUUAAAGAAAGUCUCUUGUAUCCAAUGGGUCUGCAUUUAAGGAAGGAUGCCCUUAACAGUCUGUGUGUACUAUUUAUUUCAUGUCACAAUUGCUGUCUAAAAUGUUCUGUAUAAUAUGUUGAAUUUAUGUCUUCUGCUGUGGUUGACAACAGGCGAAAGCAUUAAGAAACAGUGCUACUGAGUACCUAGUCAGCUGUACAUUACAAAGUUUCACGGUUCACUGAUUCUUUUUCAUAGAGGGACACACUGAGUUCACCCUAUGGUUGCCCUUCUUUCUAGAAUCAUGUAGGUUGGAACUGGCAGAGCUUGUGAAGAUUGAGCCCUAGUCUCUCUUAGCUUACUGUCUUCUUUUACACCAGUAAGCACCACCAGACGGCCCUGUUAAAUGAUGCAUCAUGGUGUCACCAUUUGGGGGCUCUUCUGUCUAUGCAGCGGGCAAGAAUAAGAAAAUAUAUAACUUAGUGUUAUACAUCUAAAAAGUGGGACUGGGGAGCAUAAGGACAAAGAGAGUAAACUGAGUAUGGCAAGAUUAAGUGCAACUGGAUCACUUUAAAUGAGCAAUAUGCAGGUAACUUGUAGUGUUAAGAAUACUGAACGACUGAUUUAUGAGAACCACUAAACAAGUGUUUUACCACUCUCUUUCCAAUACAAAAAAGGAAUACCAGGCUCAUUUGUUGUAGAAGGAGGCAUGCAGAAGUGGGAAAAUGUGCUUGCAUGAUAAAGGUGAUAGCAAGAGCUUCAUUCCACAACAUCUCAACCUGUAAGACAAGGGUACCUGACAAAUCUUCGAACACUCAAAAUUUCAAACGUUACAUGGUCGAGACCAAACAUUCGAAAUUUUAAGUGUUCGAGGAUUGACUUUCAAUGGUGCCGUAUGGUGCAGAUAGGGAGAAUUUCCCUUUUCUGCACUGAAGUGCAGUCUCGGAGUUGGUAUA